AUGCCCCAGCACGUCGCAAAAGGAAGAGCCCAGGGUCUGCGCCAUGUGCUGCCGGCACCAGCCCAGCGGCCACCAGUGACAGCAGCUCCGGACCCUCCUCCAGCUCCUAAGAGGCAAAACAUGGUGACCGCAGCCUGCAUCGCCUGUCGCAAACAAAAGACAAAGUGUUCUGGCGAUAGGCCGGCUUGUAGUCGCUGCGUCCAGCGAAACGCUGAGUGCCAGUACACCACACAACCUGGAGAAACGGAAGCUCAAGCAUGGCAACGAGCAUACAAGGACAUGCAGCGUAAAAGAACAGCUCACGAAGAGUUAUUUCAUCUCUUGAAGAAUUUACCCGACCGAGAGGCUGGCCAUGUCUGGCGUCAAAUCAGAGAAGGCAUUGACGCGACGUCACUUCUCAACUACCUCAAAACAGGGAAUGUGUUAUUGCAAAUGGCUGUUGCUCCCGAAACGCGCUUUCGUUAUGAGCUCCCAUACCGAACAGAAAUGCCCGAAUACUACCUUGGGGAUAAUCCCUAUAUAGAUUCAAUGAUUUACGGGCGUCUUCGCUCUAUCCCACAACUGAGCGCUCUAAGAUUCCAGAUCCCAUUCCAUGCUGCUGAAGUUAUUGACCCUCGACUGACUGAUGCGAAAAUUUCCUCGUGGACCGCUGUUUGCAAAGACGACGGGCUUAUGCGACAGCUUCUCUCAGUCUUUUUGAGAUGCGAGUAUCAUUUGACAUCAGCAUUUCAGAAAGACUAUUUCUUAGAUGACUUGGUGGCGAAUCGACACAAGUUCUGCUCAUCUCUGCUCGUCAAUGUUGUUCUUGCUUAUUCUUGCGUCUGCUACCCGGGCUUCCCAGACCGUGCCGAAUACUGGAAUCCCAAAGCGCUUGUGUAUCGCUUCAUUAUGGAAGCGAAGCGCAUCUGGGAGCUUGAAAGCCAUGAGCCAAAGAUUACAACAAUUCAAGCCGGAAUAGUCUUCACUGUCUUCCACAAUCUCUGCGGUUUAGACGAAAUCGGACAAGCAUAUAGGAUCCAGGCCAUAGACCUAGCUCAUCAAAUGCAGCUCUUUGACAGCACCGUAGGCGGUCGCAGCCUUAAAAUGCAGAGGAGCAUGGCGUUCCUCGCAUGGACCUUAUUCAAUUGGGAAACGCUUGUUGCCUUCUCCUUCAUGUUCACUCCACUACUCAAGGAGCCUCCAAACUGGGCUCUGCCGGAUCCUACUCAAGAUGGGAAUUGGUAUGGGGAGAUAUGGCUCAAAUAUCCGUUGACCGAUACCCUUUCGCCGUCUUAUUUCGGCACCGUUUUUCGAGCAAAAUCUCAUUUCCGAAUCAUCAUGAACGAAUUUUGUUGCAUAUUAUAUUCAGAAGGCUCUCAAGUAACUGUAGAAAAAGCCUAUGAACUUUUGAAGAGACUGAAGCACUGGUAUCACGGCUUGCCAGGUCCACUCCAGCCAAAGACAAUCGUCCUCCCUACACACUUACAACUUCACAUUCAUUAUCAUUAUCUGAUCAUAUCAAUCUUUGAACCUUUGAUGGACGCACAAACAGACCAAGAGCCACCACCGCGGCAAGUAGUUGCUGAAGCCAAGAAACACCUUCAGACGCUGAUCCGACUCUACUAUCUCCGUCACGGAUACGAUGCUAUGGACCUCUUCGUUGUCAUACCGCUUAUGCUGGCCGGAUCUGAGUGCGUCGAAGCCAUCAAUGACCAAACACCCCCAGCCGAACUAGAGCUCCUACGCUCUACGCUUAUCCUGGUAGCAAAGGGCUUGUACAGUCAACGCCGGAAUCAUUAUUUAGCCGAAGCACUGUUCCGCGUCAUCCGGGGACGAAUGCGUCCGUCGGAACUUUCUCUGUUGAAGAAUACGAUGAAGAUAGACGAGAGAGAAUGGGAUGAGAAGAGUAGCAUGGUGCAAGAGGUGCGAAGUGCGUGGCCGGUGAGCGUGGUCAAAAAGAAGGAAGAGAUAGACUCUCAGAAAUUGACGAACCUCGUGGAGAAUUAUGGUAACUUAAACGUAGAAGGGAGUUCCGACGCUAAGUCAAGUUAA